AUGAUCAUGGGCAUCGUCAUGGUCAUCAUGGUCAUGGCCAUGGUCAUCAUGGUCAUGGCCAUGGUCAUCAUGGUCAUUAUACCCAUUCCCGGCGCGGCGGCGGUCAUCGACCUCGACGUGACGAGCGACGCAUCGCUGGCCGCCCUCGCCCCGGCCGUCUCUGCGCACACGCCACAGCUCGACCUCGUCAUCUACGCCGCGGGGCUCCUCCACCGCCGCCAUGCCCCGCCGGGCGAGCCUGCCGGGCCCGAGCGCCGGCUGGCUGACGUCUCCCGCGACUCGCUGACGGCAGCCAUGGCAGUCAACGGGUUCGGGCCCAUCCUCGCCGCCGCCGCCCUGGAGAAGCUCGUUCCGCGGCGGGAUCGGCAUGCGGUGUGGGCGACUCUCACCGCCCGCGUCGGCUCCAUCGGCGACAACGGGCUCGGCGGGUGGUACGCCUAUCGCGCCUCCAAGGCCGCCGCCAACAUGCUCAUGCGGACGCUCGCCAUCGAGUGGCGCCGAUCGCGGCCGGCCGCCACCGUCCUCGCCAUCCACCCGGGCACCGUCGCCACUCCGCUCUCUGCCCCCUUCCGCUCCCCCGACCAUCCGGGCGUACUGCCCGCCGCCGACGCCGCCGACAACAUCCUCGCCCGCAUCGCGGACGCCGAGCCCUCGCUCUCGGGCUCCUUCCUCGCCUACGACGGCUCGCCCAUCGAGUGGUAGCUGUCGCCCAUCGCCAUCGUCAUCGCCAUCGCUGCCGUUUACCACCACGUCCCCGCCGCCCGUACAAUCGUCAUGUAGCCCUCUGGGCUGAUCCGCGGGUGCUCGGCGAGCAUGCACUUGACCUUGUCCCACCGCAGACUGUACCUCGGCUUCUCCGCCGGAUCCAUCACCCGCGUUGCCCGCCGGACCGCCGCUGCCACCAUCGCCACCGGGUUGGCCACCCGCUCAUCGCUGAUGAUCGCCGCGAGCACUGCACUGUGUCCGUGCUGGAUGGCAAUGGCCACGCUCUCGUCGAGAAUCGGCAGGGGCGACACGCCGCCGUCCAGCAAUGCCGCCACUGCGCCAGCUUGUCUGUUGCAUGCCGCCAGCCGCAGCGCCACCAGCCGCUCCUGGUGCCCGAUGC